UCCUGCACACGCACGCACGCACAAACACAAACAAGCACAUGCAGUCAUUAAAAGAUACUUACUUAUCGAUGUAAAUACGCCAGAGUAGUAUUAAUCAGUUUUGUUGGAAAAUAUUUGAUAUUGAAUUCACUCACACUUUGCAGGAAGAUUCUGCGUGCUGUGUCUACUCUAGAUUUGAGAUGGAGGCGUUGUUAAAGAGAGAGCUGGGCACGUCCGUGCUGAAGAGGACAGGUCAUUCAGGAGGAGGAUGCAUCAGUGAAGGCCUGAGCUAUGACACUGACACUGGCAGAGUGUUCGUCAAGAUCAACCACAAGAAUGAGGCUAGGCGGAUGUUUGAUGGAGAAAUGGCAAGUUUGGAAGCAAUCUUGUCUACAAACACGGUGAAAGCACCCAGACCUGUGAAAGUGGUGGAUCUUGAGAGAAGUGGAGCUCUUCUUGUAAUGGAACAUGUGGAUAUGAAUAGCUUGAACAAAUGCUCAGCAAAACUGGGGGAACAACUCGCUGACCUACAUCUAUACAACAAGAGACAGAUAGAGAAACAAAACAAGGAGCAACAGACUGUUGGGAAAGGAUCUGGACAGUCUGAAAUUGCUACAGUCAGCAUGUUUGGGUUCCAUGUGGCCACAUGCUGUGGUUACAUCCCUCAGGUGAGCAUCUGUGCAAACAUAUCGAGUGACUCUUUUUCAGAUAUUUGUAGUAUAUCAUACUUUGCAAUAAUGUGGUUUCAGGUAAAUGAUUGGCAGGAUGAUUGGGUGUCUUUUUACUCCCAGCAACGGCUGCAGCACCAGCUCGGCUUAGUGGAGCAGUCAUACGGUGACAGAGAGGCACGGGAAUUAUGGGCCAAACUCCAACUGAAGAUCCAUCAGCUGUUUACUGACAUAGAGGUGGCCCCAGCUCUGCUACAUGGAGAUCUUUGGGGAGGAAAUGUGGCUGAAUGUUCUGAUGGUCCCAUCAUCUUUGACCCAGCAUCGUUUUAUGGCCAUUCAGAGUUUGAGCUAUCUAUUUCUGACAUGUUUGGUGGUUUUAGGAGCUCUUUUUACAACGCUUACCAUGAGAAGAUCCCCAAGACCACUGGGUUUGCAAAGAGACAACAACUAUACCAACUUUUCCACUACCUGAACCACUGGAAUCACUUUGGUGGUGGCUACAGGGGCUCUUCUCUACGCAUCAUGAAGGAUCUAACAAAGUAGCUGGACUCUAAUUCAUAAAGGAUCCUCUUCAAGUCUUAUUUUGCAGGGGUGGAUGUUAGACUAACCCACAGCAUUUGAUGCAAUUUGCUUAUUGGUUGAAAUGCUAAUUUGAUAAUCAUACUGUAUGAUGCAAGUCAAGUCACACACUUUGUGCAUGAUCACAAUUUUUACAUGCAUCAUUCCCUUAGUGAAUUGCACUUUAACCUUACUACAAAUAAAUGUUUUGAAGAGAGACAACUUAUUGCACCUUGCUUUAAAAUCAGAUGUGUGCUUUUUGUAUAAGUACACAGUAUAUUAACAAACAAGUUCCAUUUCAGUGUUAUAAACUCUAUUCCCACUGAUGAAUUGAUGAUCUUACUGCUGCUUUUCAGUUAAAGGAGUCUUGUCAGAUGCAAAGGCUGUUAUAUUCAGGAAAAUGUGCACAUGUAAAUAAAACUUUAAAACAA